AAAAAAGGUUAGGGAGCUUGAAGCUGUGUGUGUGUGUAUGUGAGCUGGGAGCCUGGCGCUUGGAUACUGUCACUGAUAAGCUGUCUUCACCCUGGGUACAGCACAUUGUAAAGCCGCGCUAUUCUAUCGUUACAGGAGGCUUCGCCCUGGAGUCUCUGGAUUCAAGCGCCCUGUUGUUCCAACCUUGUGUUUUCAAUCAGUGUCGCUUCCACGAAGUUCGAGAUUCAGCAGAGUGCCUCUGAUCCGGGUUCUUCCCUUCCCCCUUCUUUCCCCUGCUCCCCUUCUCUGUAAAGGCUUGUCCAAGAAAUGCCGCAAGCCUCAGAAAAUAAAAUCCUUCAGCAUGGAUCGUUUGGAAAGGAGCCUUCUAUGAUAGAGACGGAUGAUGGUCUUCAUAUCAAACGUUCUCCUUCUUCACCCCAAGGUGGUCCGAAGAAGAGAUCAGCUUUUGAAGAUCUCACAAAUGCUAAGCAAGGUCAGGAUCCGGUCUCAAAGAAAAAAGGUGGGAAGCUGGUGGGUAAGAAAACUCAAAAAAGUACUGUCGGACAAGAAACAUCCAAAAACAAUGAGAAUAAUAUCAAAAGUACAGGACCCAAAGCUUCCCAGGAGCAACAGGAUAAUACAGUAGAGCAAAAGAAGCCUAAGGUGCCUGUGCCACCUGCGGAAAAAGCAGCUGAUGUAGAUAAAUCAACAGACAUAAAGUUGUCCGUCUAUGAUGAAGUUGACAAAGAGAAUUUGAACGACCCAUUCCUGAAUGCGAUCUAUGCAUAUGAUAUAUUCAGCUACAUGAAGGAGAGGGAGGAGAAAUUUGUUCUGAAAGGUUAUAUGCAAAAGCAGCCUGACCUGAACAUCGAGAUGAGGGCAAUCUUGGUAGACUGGAUGGUCGAGGUACAAGAAAAUUUUGAGCUGAAUCAUGAGACUCUGUACCUGGCAGUGAAGCUAGUGGACCAUUACCUGGCAAUGACAGAGUGUAUGAGAGAAACACUGCAACUUCUGGGCUCUACUGCAAUCCUCAUUGCUGCAAAAUUUGAUGAGCGGUGCCCUCCAUGCGUGGAUGAUUUCUUGUACAUCUGUGAUGAUGCAUACCAAAGGGAGGAACUGCUUUCAAUGGAGGUGAACAUUCUCCGAACCCUUAAGUUUGACAUCAAUAUUCCUGUGGCUUAUCGAUUCUUGAGAAGAUAUGCAAAGUGUGCUAGAGCCAACCUUGAGACACUGACGCUUGCCCGAUACAUCUGUGAGUUGACCCUUCAGGAGUAUGAGUUUAUCUGGGAGACUGCUUCCAAACUCGCGGCAUCCUGCCUGCUACUGGCCUUCAAGAUGAAGGAGCUUGGAGGAUGGACUCCAACUCUGGAACAUUACACUGGAUACCAGGUCACUGAUCUAUACUCGCUGACGAGGAGACUGAACCUUUUACUCUACAGUAAGCCAGAUGAAAAGCUGAAGGCUGUGCGGUACAAGUAUGCUCACAAGGUAUUCUUUGAAGUAGCAAAAAUUCCACCCAUGCAUGUUCUGAAGCUAGAAGAACAGCUGAAGUUGGACACUUAAUCUAAAGUCCUGAGAGUUGGAGGAAGUAGUGUUGCAUCAUCCACAUUCAUUAAGCUGAUCUUGUAUAUAGUGUGUAAAUACUUGCAGCAGUUGCUUAAUAUUUCUUUACUGUAUCUCUGCUAAGCAGAAAUGAUUGUGUAAUUAAUCAUGGUCACUUAUAAUGCAGCAAAUAUUGAAAGUAUCUGAAUACCAAAAUAUAAAACUGAUAGGAGAUUGGAAGAGGCCAUUGCAGACCAAAACACCAAGAUAAACAGUGUUUUUUAAUGUCUCAAACUUUGAUUGCAGUGCGAGAGACAGCUAUAGCUACUGGCCUCUUAAAGAUAUGGCACAGCUUGCUUUUUUUUUUCAGUCUCAAGAAUGGAAAUGGCAAUAAAUAAUCACUAAAUACAUCAUACAGACACUUUGAUUUCUUGAAAAAAAAAUUAUUUAAAAAAAAGUAGCAAUUCCUAAUUUUGUAGAUUAAAUAUGGAAAAAAGUGUUAAAAGAUUAAUUGUCUGGUUGAAAUAAUUAAGAUAUUGGGAGUCCUGUUCUUAAUCGCACAUGACAUUCUGUUGUUUGUCUACCAUUUUGAACAGUGAUUAAAAUUCAUUUCCUUCCCUGCCCCAUUCCUUACUUCAUUUUCAAAAAUAGAAUUUGUUGCAGGCUGGGACAAGAAGAGAAAAGAGGCAAGAGCAGCUAGGCAAUUUGCUCCUGGGUACUUGUCGAGCUGCAACCAAGUACUGGAGAGUGACACAAGCUAAUUUGGUCUAGCUUUUAAUUCCUCUUAUCUUUCCCCUGCAGUUGAAGAGGUGGCUUUAUUGCUGCUUGAUCCAACCCAACUAUUCCAUCCUGCUGUGGAAAUAGAUACAGGAGAAAAUGUGUCCUGCCAAUUUACAGUCCUGUGUGCACUCGUGUGUGUGUGCAUGCAACCAAACUAUUUGAAAAUUAAUACCCAAUAUUUGUUACAUUCUUCCUUCACCUAUAUUAAGAACAUUAAUACAUUUGCUCAGAAGAAGCAACAUUCAUUAGUCUUGUGCCCCUACUGUUCUUGGUAAAUUAUUGAAGUUUUGUUCAUUUAAGUAUAAACAAAAGGCUGGUGUUCCAGGGACCAUUAUUGAUGCAGAUCAACAUUUCUAAGCACAAAAUAUUUCAAUGUUUCUGUUAGUUGUACCUUUUUGUGUUGUUGUACCUUUUGUGGUGUUUGACUUGUUAAUAUAUGUAUUUGAAACUAUUUAAAGUGUGCUUUGGAAGCUGUCAUUUUUGUAUGUUCUGUAUUUAAGUGAUUUUAAGAAAUGGCUCUUAUGUAAAAAAUGUUUGUAUGUAUAUAAAUAUAUAUAUGUUUUGGAUAUCCCUGAUCCACGCUUUCAGCAUCUCUUGUUUAAUAAGAACCCUAUUUCCAUGCUUGUAAGUAUGCCUAAAUUGCAUUUAUUUUAUUAAAUAGAUUAAAUGUA